UCUCGAUUCAGUUCCGAAACCAGAGCCAGAGACGAGAGUACACUCGACCCGUGUUCGUAUCGCGUACCCUCCCGAGCUUCUCUUCCAUCUGCCCCGGUCCGUCGCGUACCGCUCGUCGUGUACACGCGAAUCACAGCUGGCCUUCUUCUCUUCGUCGUCGGCGUUCGUGACGCUCUCUCCGAACCUCGGUCGAACAACCUGAAUUCCUCCUGUUCUCCGGGAUCGUUGUUCCCAGUGCGAGCCAGGGAUUUAAAUAACGGAGUUUACGUCCUGAAUCGCGAAACGAUGAUCGCGUCCGCGACGAGUGAGAAUCAACUAUGUUCGGGCACUAACACUAAUUCGGCGGGGAUGCCCCGAUGAAGCACGAUCGAGUGGGGGCGUGUGACGAGUCGGUCAAACGGUCGAGUCAGUCUCGGCGUUCGUACAAGGGCGUACGGCAGCAACCGUGAGUUACGAUGCUUGUGAAAAGUUGACGACGCCAUGUGACGCGUAUAAACCGGGAUUUGGAAGUGCGACAGCACAGUAGUUGCACCGAUGUGCCCGACUCUGUACGACGCGGUCACCGCUCAAGUGGACCCUUCUCUGCCGCGGAUGUUUACCAAGUGACAGUGCCAUACUCGGUAGUUAAACUGGAAAAGGACCGAGCGGUCGUUCGAUCUGAUCGAAUCACGGUGCUUCGGUGAGGAUUACUGUGAACGAUACAGAAAUCAGUAGUAAUGCCGUGAUGGGCUGCAGCUCGAGAUCGUCCUUCCUGGCUACGCUCCUUGUGGGUGGAUUACUCUUCGUCGUCCUGUCCUGCGAAUCAUCCGACGCAACGAGAUUGCGACAGAGGUCUGGUUCCACGGACGCACCGAGGAGCGGUGGUUCGGUGAACGAAGCCGGCGUUUUCACACUCCGUGGCAGGCAGGAGGGAGGACGUCGUUCGAGAAGGACCACGACGAGCACCACCAGUACAACGACGACGUCCAGCUCAACGGUGAUCUCUCUGUCGGACGAGGUGGCACAGCCCGCGGCCCUUCUAGCCCCCGAAGAGGACUUAUGGUCUACCAGUUCCUCCGCUCCGACCAAUGUUCCAGUCUCCUUAGAUACAGUCGCCACGCCGUCGAAGCCACCCUUGGAGCUGAUGGUAAAACCUCACAGCAAAGUCAUACUGCCGUGCGAGCUCGAGGAGAAUCACACGAGACUACUGUUGCCCGGGGCCAGAAGCUAUAGAAGACGACCAGCGACAUGGCUGCACGAGGGAAGUCCGGUGGACAUGAUUACGAUCAACACGAGGACGGAGAUGAGCGGGACUGGACAUAGAUAUAUUGGCGAUUCAAUCACGGCAGCGUUGCACAUAGACAACGUCAGAUUAGAAGAUGAUGGUACAUGGGGCUGCACGCUGGAGGACGACCAGGGCCAGAUACUUACCGGGAGAGCUGUGAAACUCGUCGUUCUCGAGGCACCCCGUGGGACGUACCUGCUGAUAGAUGGGCGCAGGUUGGACCCGGGCAACCAAUUCGUCCCGGUAAAAGAGGGUUCCGAGUUGACGUUGGAGUGCGCCGCCGAGGGUGGAAACCCGCCGGCCGAUUUAGCCUGGGGAAUGACUCUGUCUCAAGCUACUUUGGACGGGCCCGAGCAGCCGCCGGAUAAUCUGACCGUGUUGCCUUCGACCACCGGCGGACGCAGCGGGGCUCACCUCAAAGUCCUCAGGAGACACCAUAACGCCACCAUCGCCUGCGUCGCCCAUCACGUCACCCUCCCGAUGCCCUUAAACGCCAGCAUACUCCUCGACGUGCAAUAUAUUCCGUCGUUCGCGAUAACGCGUUUACCUGGUUUUGGAAUUCCGAUCGUCGAGGGGAUGUCCGUCAGCUUGAAAUGCGAGGUGGACAGCAACCCGGCCAGCACCCCGUUGUGGCAAAGGGACAAUGGACCGCCCGUCGAGCAGAACGACGACGGAUGGCUGAACUUUACAAAAAUCACCCGCGCCGAGAGCGGAUGGUAUAAAUGUUACACCAGGCACAUGCUCGGUAUAUUCAACAGCAUCGGCUAUUUCCUCAAUGUACGCUAUGAUCCAGAUAUGGAAACGGAAGCGGAAGUGUUGAACGGCGAAGCUACCGAUUCCCGGAAGAUGGAAGUUCAGAUCGGGGGUGCAGUUACCCUCGAGUGCGACGGUGGUUGCUGGGGACACGGUCCUGGAAUGGAUCCAGUCGGCGGACCCGGGCCGCUGGCUCUCAGUCGAGUCGUUUACCAAGAGGCCGGCGAGUAUCGAUGCGUAGCACCUGACAGAAAAAUGCAGGACACUUGGCGAGCGCAGCUGCCCUACCACGUCAAAGUUACCGGCCGACCCAUGGUUCAUCCGCCUGGUCAAACAGUGACGGCGAAGGAGGGCGAACCGUUGAAAAUCGUCGUUGAAUUCUGCGCCGAGCCUAAAUACACCAAAGUGCUCUGGAUGUCCGAGGAGAAUGUCUAUGUACCUGGUGCGCCCGCUAGAGACGGCGUCCAAGCGCUCGACGUCGAGGACGGCGGCACGGAGUCCUGUUACAGAACGGUGCUGAACUUCGACACGAUCCAGUGGUCGCACGCCGGGGAAUGGUUUCUGCUUGUGCGAUCGUCGGAAGGGAUCGCGGACGCUUCCGUUCUGUUGAACGUGACACGGGCCUCGGAGUACAGUCACGCUCACUUCCGGUCAGCGAGUCUCACCUACCUAUUGCUGUGUCUGGCCGUGAUCGCCCUGCAGGACCGUCGUCGCUGAGACGUCUUCAGUUCCGACGUCUACAGACGCGGGUCGUUCAAUGGGUCAUGGGAGACGAGCGAAUUUCCCUGAUUCAUCAACAAUAAGCUUAGGGCGUAGGGGGAAGGUUCCAACGGCACUUGGAUCACUUCGCCGGUUGUAAAUAAUAACUGUGGAUUAAACUGGAGGAAUAAUGAGCAGAGAGCCAAGGGGGGGUGGUUAUUAUAAUUAAAAAUAACGGGGGGAACGUUUUAUAUAUGUAUAUCGAUGUGUUCUUGAUUCGAGGCGAGACUCGAUGACUAUGCAACGAGAGAGCCCUGUUUAUCAUGUAUCGGGAAGGAGUGAGCGCGCUUAAAUGAGCAAGCCUUUUAUCGGCGCUGUCGCUGCCGAUGAACGAUCGCGGGAGGCUUUCGGCGGCGGCGUUGAUCCGGCCUCGACGUUCCUUAAUCUUGGAUCUCGUCGCUAAAUUCGUUCUCCUUUUUCCUUUUCGUUCACGUCUUUCGGGGGCAUUCUCGUGGUAAGAUUUUUCACAACGUCGAUCUUCCGCUCGUGUAUUAUUUCCUUAGGUUCUUCUGCUCGAGGCGAGAAGUCAGGUGGAAAUUUUCAUUCCGCUGCUGAAUGUUCGGGGGGGCAAAUGUUGCGUUUUCGUACACGUUCGGAACCUCCGGGAUUAGAACCAGCAGCUGCGGCGUAUGGUCUCUCUGGCCUUAAAUAGAGAAAACCGCGCGGUCGAAGUAAUUGAAAGAUGAAUAUAAUUACGGAGUAGAGGCGGGGGAGAGUUUGUAAAUUAAUGUUGUCGCGGUUACGCGGCUAGAUCUAUGUAUUCCGUUUAGCCAGCAAUCGUUUCUACGUUGAGAAACCGGUUUCAAAUCAAAUGCUGUAACGAGAUUACGCGGGGCACGUGUGUAAAUAUUUGUAUAGUUAAUUCGUAAGGAAGUCUCGAAUGGCACGCGGAGAUAGGAGAGUGUCGAGCCACGAGGAGAGAUUGUACACGCGUUAAAUAAUAGGAGACCAAUUUUUUCAUUCAGGCUCACUGAACGUCGACGGCUGCCAACGUCGAACUAUGAAUUAAUUGUUAAAUUGAACCAAAGAUGAGAUGUCUUGGUGUAAGAGAGGACCGGAUGGAAUUAACUAUGUGUACGAUUAAGAAAAUGAAAUAAGAAGAGAUACAAAGGAGAAUAAGUAUUCCAGACGAGAGAUAGAAGACGAGAGAGAGAGAAGGUAUUUACAUUGUUGUAUAUUAUUUUAGGUAAGUAGCGUUUAAAAUGAAACUAGCGGCGCGCGCGUGCGUGCGCGUGUAUAUAGUGAUUGUAAAAUGCAUAGGCCGUCGUGCACCGAUGGCUAUGUAUAACGAAUUAUACAGUGACGCUGUUAGAGAUAUAUUUAUUAUUCGUUGAUAUAUUUUUAUAAAGUUUUAUUUAGCCAUAAGUUCUCGUUCGCCUUCCCCCUGGUACUACGUCGCUUGUUACCGAUCGACGAAGCUUGUGAAUCUUCUCCGAUCGAGAGUCACCGGCGACGAACGAUUUCAGUUUCGAGCGGAGUGCGUGUGUGUGUAUGUCUCCAACGAAGAUUGUAACGAUAGAAAUAAAAACGAAGCUCCUCCUGUUCCCCGGUCGACGUCCCGCAAUUACACGUUCCACGAUGCUCGUGCUGUAAUCAAAGGAAACGAGAGACGAACAGAAGAUGAAAGAUAUGAAUGUGCAAUAUCGCUGUUCUCCGUGAUGAUCGUUCAUUUUUUUUAUCUCUCCGCGGCCGUCAGGUAAGAACGCAAGAGCGUCUCUCUUCGAUCGUUCGUUCGAACGAUCAAGAUGAAGAGAGAAACGGUGUUGUUGCGUGCACACGUUUGUAAGCGCAGUGGUUCCUAAUUUUCCCAGUGCCACCCGACUGCGAUGCGUUUCGUAGCUUCGUACGUUCGUUUACGCCUAAAUGCGAAAGGUCUACGGGCCCCGUCAACGAUUCGUAGACGCGAGAACUAAAUUACCACCGGUUCCUUUUUCUCAUGAUUUCGAGUUUUCAUUCAACGAGGAAGAGAACGAAAUACCCUUUUCUGUAAUCCUAUUUUCGUUUCGUUUUUAUCGAAUUGCUUAGGUGUUAUAAAUUAAGCAACGUGAUGUAAUCGUUGUACCCCAUGACGCCUAAAAGUCCAAUAAAUGAUAUUUACAAUA